AUGGCAUCUACCGAUUUUACGUUCUUCUAUGGUCUCAAACAACAAGAUUCGUACGAACGCUGUGCCCGUGAGGUGGCAGAAGACGUACAGGACCACGUGAAUAUGAAAGACAAGCCCAGAAGCUUGCUAAAGCCACAGAGCGCCGGCCAUGAUGGGUACAACCCCACCGAUUCUGAUGAUCUCAGCGCAAUAAAGAUAUUAACGCAGAUGAAGAACGACGAUGUUAGAUUAUCGACGACGUUCGACGUCAGCUCUGGUACUCUGGGCUCGCGACCUGCCGGCGAGAGGUUGAAUCCCUCAAGCCAUGCGCCAUCACCAAGCCGCGAUUGCAAGCUUCGGCAGAUGUCGCAAAACCGAUUGCCAGAGUUGCCGAAUUCAAACCUUGAGACAAAGAGUGUGAACGGAAACGGAGCGAUGGAGCCGGUCGACGAGAUGGAAACCCCACACAAGACACCGUCGCUCUGUCUUGGGCGCAUUAUUUACGAAGAAGCUGAGACGUCAGAAGACCACGCCCCAUAUUCCACCGAGAUGAGAGAUGCGCGUCCAUAUGGAAAUUACGCUCGUGCAUUUCGCCGACGAGAGAAGACCCUCAAUGCCGUCAUCAUGGCCGAGCCAUACUUAACAGCCGUCGUUGCGCAUGCCAAUGAAUACAUCUACUGCAACGGCAUGCUUUGCUACACGCAGAUAGAGGCCCAAAAACUUUACCUCCUCAAUAUUCACCAGUCGGCGCGGAAGAAGAUCGAAAUCAGCGUGGACAAGCUACUUGCUUCCAUAUCCCACACUAAUCCGGCACAGAAGUAUAAGCUCCGACCUAUAUACUUCUCCGACGACAUUCUGUCCUGCCUUUGUAUCCCGCGUAAGAAACCAGGAAUCGAGCAACUCCUCGUCAUCGAUAUUGAGAAGCAGAAAACGUUCCCCUGUAAAGACGCUAGUUCCUGCAAGAAGACGUUUGUCAGAAACAAUCACGAGUAUUUGUACUGCGGAACUUAUGACAACAACGACGAAGUGUGGACGCUUAAAGUUUUGAGUCUGAGCGAGGGAUCCUGGCUACCCGGAUUUCUCAGCCUUGAUGAUAUCGCCGGCUUCGACGUUGGGAUCUCGCUGGCUUUCGAAAUCGUGGACGAUCACUUCUAUGCUGUGUCAACCACACCAAAAGAUGAUACUGACGAGACUGAUCACUUGUCUCGUUACUACGGCGUGCGCUAUCCUCUUGGUAUAUGCGGUCCCGAGGACAAGCAGCUGAUGUCUAAAUCCAUGUUUCGUCGUGACCACCGAGAUGGCCCGAUGGAUAACAGAUGGACGACUCUCGGCCUCGAGAAAGACUCCAAAACAGGAGUUCUCGAGGUCGUGGAGUGUCGAAAAGAACAUCCUUACAACAGCAACGGGAAAUCGAGGACUGCCUCGAGCUCGAGGACUGUCUAUCGAACGGCGGUCAAGUUCGAUGAUACCGAGCCUGCUGAUGAUUCGGUGUCUACAAGAGAAGGCAUUGAGCAAGAGUCCGUCCACGUAUCUGGCUCUCAAGAUCGGACACCGCGCUCUCACGGAAGUCAAUCGACCUUUCACCGAGGAGACGAUAGCUUCACAGAACCGCUCAUUACCUUUAAGAACUGCUUUGUGAGGUCCUACAACAGCCCCUGCGGAGCAUUCAUGGACUUAAUCAACCCUGCGGCCGUAGAUGAGAAGCCUGCCAACCUUCAGCUGCGGACCAUGACUCGUCUGCAGGCGGCAACGCACCAGCAACCAGAUUCUCGAGAAACAAACCACAUCGAGAACGUGAUAUCUUACUGGACACUUCAGACUAAAGCACAUGGAGAGUCAGGAAAACUGGCCGACACCCUCAUCCCACAUGGUCAAGACUCUCAGUGGGAAAUUUCCGGAGUAGCUGAUGACCGAUCUCUAAUUUACAUCUCUGGAAACGCUAAAACCAAAAACUUGCGCUCUCUGGUGUUCAUCUCUUUUGAUCCUUCCAUCAAACUGGCUGGGAGUCUCGGCUGGCUGGGGGCACCAUUGCGGAACAACAAAGGAGAUGAGGUUUCACCUCAUCCUGAUGCGCCAGCAAAUCAGGGGGGGUUAGCCAAUCCCGCCGGGGUCUCCGGCGAUGGUGUCGAUCAACGACCUUCGCAAGCCUUCGCAUCGGAGCUCACUUUGGCUGGUCCGGAAGCACCUCGUUGGUUUCGAACCGUUGAAGCCACGUCUCCGAGCCUGCUAUGUGUUCCCUUGGGGACGAUGUAG